AUGUUAGCGCCUCUCGAACGGUUCUCAGAUGCUGAUCAGUGUGUUGAGUUCCUAACCAGCACAAAUGAUGAAAAACAGAAAAUGCUGUAUUUCCUCAUUCUUAGUGGUACACAUGAGAGUAGCGAGGUUAUUCUUAAGACUAUACACGAUUUCCCGAACAUUAUCAGUAUUUAUAUUCUUAAAGAAGAGAUCUAUGAGGAUUCAAUAUCACUUUUGAAAAAUGACGAAAAAAUCUAUGGACGAUUUACUGCUAUUGCCUGCUUUUACGAACAAUUAAAACAACGAAUGCUGCAAAGUGAACGCGAACAUGAACAGCUUGGUUUUGAUGUGUGGCACGGUACAGAAAUGACUCCAGUGACUUUAAUUCAGAGAAAAAAUAAACAAGAAGCUAUGUUUAUGUAUGGGCAAUUAUUAAAGCUUUUUUUACUUGACACAUAUGAAACAGAGGAUGUCACUUACGAUGAUGCAUUUAAAAAGAUGAUCAGUUUUUUCCGUCAAUCAUAUCCGAACAGUCGAUCACAUUUAGACUUUAUUGAACGACUUCAAAGCCAAUAUAAAAAUUAUACACCUAUAUAUUGGUAUGCUUUGGAUAGUUUCUUGUAUCGACUUGUUAACAAAGCAUUACGUGAGCACGAUGUCGAACUACUUGUGGAAAUGCGUAUUUUUAUUCGCGACCUUCAUCAACAAAUUGUUCAUCUUUACGAAAAUGAAAUCCGUUCUGAAAAUACUAUGGUACCUUCGACUGUGUAUCGCGGCGUACUUAUGCCAGUGAAUGAAUUUGAAAAGAAAAUUUUGAACCAUACUGGUGGUCUGCUUUCGGUGAAUAGUUUCUUAUCUACAACAUCAAAUAAAGAAUUAGCUCUUGCUUUUGCAGGCACUGGACAAAUAUAUAGGAACGAAAUGGCGGUCCUCUUUGCCAUAUCGCUAGUUCAUGAUGCUACGACUUCGGCUCCGUUUGCUUUCGCUGAUCCUAUAAUAGGAGGUGCUGAAUCAGAAUAUUUGCUUACAAUGGGAACAGUCUAUCGUAUUCGUAAUAUUGAACACUUAGCAGAUAAUGGAAUUCCUUGUGUUCAUCUAUUGUUAACAAGUGACAAUGAUCCACAGCUCACUUCGCUAACAAAUUACACUUAUCGAAGUAUUAGGGAU